GCAAUCUGAAAAAGAAGCUUCUUGGCGCAAGAGCAUCUUGGGAAAACUAUUAAAUAUUGUUUUUAUUGUGGUACUUACAUCUGUGAACCCGAACCAUGGCUGAAGAUGAUGAAGAAAUCGGGCCCAAAGUGCCGACAUCAGCUGCUCGCAAGCCAGAAGAAGAUACUGCGUUCCUUCAAUUCAUUGAAAUGGAAAAUUUUAAGUCCUACCGUGGCCACAUUGUUGUGGGUCCUUUAAAGCAAUUUAAUGCUGUUAUAGGACCCAAUGGUUCUGGCAAAUCAAACUUCAUGGACGCCAUUAGUUUCGUAAUGGGUGAAAAAACCUCAAGCCUGCGUGUCAAGCGCCUGAAUGAUCUAAUACACGGCUCAUCCAUUGGCAAGCCAGUGGCGCGCAGCUGCUACGUGACGGCUAAGUUUAUUUUGGAUGGCGAGAAGCACAUGGAUUUUCAACGCGCCGUAAUAAGCGGCUCCUCGGAGUAUCGAAUUAAUGGCGAAAGCGUCUCAAGCAACACAUACCUGAACAAGCUGGAGAAACUGGGCAUCAAUGUGAAGGCAAAGAACUUUUUGGUGUUCCAAGGAGCAGUGGAAAACAUUGCCAUGAAGACGCCUAAGGAACGAACUGCGCUUUUUGAAGAAAUAAGCGGUUCGGGUCUGCUGAAGGAUGACUACAAUCGGCUUAAGCAGGAAAUGAUUGUCGCUGAAGAGGAAACACAGUUUACGUACCAGAAGAAAAAGGGAAUUGCUGCCGAGCGAAAGGAAGCUAAGCAUGAAAAAAUGGAGGCCGAACGCUACACACGCUUACAAGACGAAUAUAACGAGAAACAAGUGGAGUAUCAGCUGUUCCGUCUAUUCCACGUUGAGAAGGAUAUACAGAAGUACAAUGCAGACUUAGAGGUGAAGCAGCAGGAGUUGAAAGCUGUUGAGCAACGCAAAGAGGCUGCCGACGAGGUACUCCGCGAAAAGAAAAAAGAUGCUGGAAAAAUAACGCGUGACUUGGCCAAAAUAGAUCAGGAGAUACGUGAAUUCGAGACGCAGCUAAAUAAACGGCGUCCCUUAUACAUAAAAGCCAAGGAAAAGGUGACGCAUUGUAAGAAGAAGCUGGUGUCCCUGCAAAAGACACUGGAAACAGCGCGCGAGGCGGACAAUGCCCAUCAGCAGGACAUACAAAAACUGGAAAAGCAACUGAGUGAUGUGGAGGCAUUGAAAAAGCGUUUUGAAGACGAAAUCGAAAACGAGUCGCAACGUCGUGGCAAAAGCGUCAAUAUGGAGGAAGGACUCGUGCAGGAAUACGAUCGGCUGAAACAGGAGGCCGAAGCAACUGCCACACAGUAUCGCUCCGAGUUGGACUCGGUGAAUCGUGAGCAAAAAUCUGAACAGGAUACGCUUGAUGGUGAAACAAAUCGCAGGGCGUCUGUUGAGGAGUCGUACAAGAAGCUCUCACUGCAGCGUGAAGAGGCUGUUAAGCGCCGCGAUAAACUUAUGGACCAUAUUAAAUCCUCUCAAGCAGCGCUCGAAGAGCAGAAUCGCAUAAAGGACGAGCUGCGACGUGAUGUGGGCAGCUCAAAGGAGAAAAUUGCUGAAAAACAACGUGAGCUGGAGAAUGUUCGCGAUCAGUUGGGCGAUGCCAAGAGUGACAAGCACGAGGAUGCCCGUCGCAAGAAAAAACAAGAGGUAGUCGAACUAUUCAAAAAACAAGUGCCCGGCGUUUACGAUCGCAUGAUCAACAUGUGCCAGCCUACGCACAAGCGCUACAACGUGGCUGUCACCAAGGUACUGGGCAAGUUUAUGGAAGCCAUCAUCGUGGACACAGAGAAAACAGCGCGACAUUGCAUUCAGAUCUUGAAAGAGCAAAUGUUAGAGGUGGAGACCUUUUUGCCGCUGGACUACUUGCAGGUUAAACCACUAAAGGAACGCCUGCGCAACAUCAGUGAGCCGCGCAAUGUGCGCCUGGUGUUCGAUGUGCUCAAAUUCGAGCCACAGGAGAUCGAGCGUGCUGUGCUCUUUGCCACUGGCAAUGCGCUGGUCUGCGAAACGCCGGAGGAUGCCAUGAAGGUAGCCUACGAAAUAGACAGAUCGCGAUUCGAUGCCCUUGCGCUGGAUGGCACAUUCUAUCAAAAGUCCGGCCUCAUCUCUGGUGGCAGUCAUGAUUUGGCACGCAAGGCCAAACGCUGGGAUGAAAAGCACAUGGCUCAGCUCAAGAUGCAAAAGGAGCGCCUCAACGAAGAGUUGAAGGAGCUGGUCAAAAAGUCGCGCAAGCAAAGUGAGUUGGCAACUGUUGAGUCUCAGAUUAAGGGCCUUGAGAAUCGCCUGAAAUACAGCAUGGUGGACUUGGAGUCGUCGAAAAAGUCCAUUAGCCAAUACGAUAACCAGUUAAAGCAAGUGCAAACCCAGCUGGAUGACUUCGGGCCCAAGAUCACCGAAAUUGAGCGUCGCAUGCAAGAUCGAGAGGAGCACAUACAAGAGAUCAAAGAGAACAUGAAUAAUGUGGAGGACAAGGUGUUUGCCGCCUUCUGUCGUCGACUAGGCGUGAAGAACAUUCGACAGUAUGAGGAGCGCGAGCUUGUCAUGCAACAGGAAAGGGCGCGCAAACGUGCCGAAUUCGAGCAACAAAUCGAUGCAAUUAACACCCAGCUGGACUUUGAGAAGCAAAAGGACACACGAAAGAACGUUGAGCGAUGGGAGCGCAGCGUACAGGAUGAGGAAGAUGCCUUGGAAGGCCUUAAAGCCGCUGAGGCGCGGUAUUUGAAAGAAAUGGAUGAGGAGAAGGAGAAAAUGGAGAAAUUCAAGCAGGAAAAGCAAGCCAAGAAACAGGCAGUCGAUGACAUGGAAGAGGACAUAUCUAAAGCACGUCGAGAUGUUGCCAACUUGGCUAAAGAAAUUCACAAUGUGGGUAGCCAAAUGUCUUCAUGCGAGUCCAAAAUCGAGGCCAAGAAAAACGAGAGACAAAACAUAUUGCUACAGGCUAAAACUGAUUGUAUUGUGGUGCCCUUACUGCGCGGCUCGCUGGACGAUGCAGUGCGGCAAAGUGAUGUGGAUAGUGUGGAGCCAUCAACGUCAACGGUGCAGGAUAAUCUCAUCGAGGUCGACUAUCGAUCAUUGCCACGCGAGCUGUGCAAACUGAAGGACGACUCCGCCUUCAAGAAAACCAAUGAACAGCUGCUGAAAGAUCUGCAAAGCAAACUGGAUGUAUUGGAACGAAUACAGACGCCGAAUAUGAAAGCAAUGCAAAAACUGGAUCUGGUUACGGAGAAAGUGCAGUCCACCAAUGAAGAGUUCGAGAAUGCCAGGCGAAAGGCCAAAAAGGCAAAGGCGGCAUUCGAAAAGGUGAAGAACGAGCGCUCAUCACGAUUCGUGCAAUGCUGUCAGCAUAUAUCCGAUGCCAUCGACGGCAUUUACAAAAAACUGGCGCGCAAUGAGGCCGCCCAGGCGUACAUUGGACCCGACAAUCCCGAGGAACCCUAUCUAGAUGGCAUCAAUUACAAUUGCGUGGCACCCGGCAAACGUUUCCAGCCCAUGAGCAAUUUGAGUGGCGGCGAAAAGACAAUUGCUGCUCUGGCACUGCUCUUCUCCACGCACAGCUAUCAUCCCGCGCCGUUUUUCGUACUUGACGAGAUAGAUGCCGCUUUGGAUAACACAAACAUUGGCAAGGUCGCUUCGUAUAUUCGGGAUCACACGACCAACUUGCAGACAAUUGUCAUAUCCCUAAAGGAGGAGUUCUAUGGCCAUGCUGAUGCGCUGGUCGGCAUCACGCCAGCGGAAGGCGAUUGUCUCAUAUCCAAUGUCUACAUAAUUGAUUUGACCAGCUACGAGGACAAAUGAAGAGGAGUCGACUUUUAACGGGGCUUAGAUUAAGUUUUUAUUUAUAACCGAACCCAGCAGACAAGAACUACAAUUUCCAUUUAAUAAACCCAUUUUUAAUUUCA